UGUAAAUCUCAAUCGCACUGCAGGGGCAUUUCUAUCAUUUAAUCCCCCUACUGCACUAAGCUUUACAAAAGCACAAAGUAAGCUGUCUGUAAUCCGAUUCAGAUAUCUUUUCCUGAAACACAUGAUUGCAUUAAAAGUCCAUUACAGCGAAGCUUCUUAUUAUUUUGUUUCUCUAAAUCACAUUUAAUUAUUUAUUUAUUUAGUUAAUCUGUUUCUGAGUCGUCUUCAAAAAUGGUUCUGUGGUGGAGUACUAGUCUUACAGCUAGAGGUUAGAUUUUCACAGCAACACAGCCUUGUAGUCGUUUUCAGAAUAUUCAUCUGUUUUCAAAAACGGGAGACUGAAAAACACCUUGCUUGCUUCUAACUUCUGUUCUAACUUCCAACAUCAAACAAAGCAGCAUUGUUUUGUUUGCUGAAGAUCUCAGAAAUUUUUUUCCGAGAUCUGAAAACUCAGGACUCAGAAAACAGAAAACAUGUUCAAGUCAUGGAGCAAGAAGAAGAAGAUAAGGGCUGUAUUCCAACUGCAGUUUCAAGCAACGCAGGUGCCAAAAUUGAAGAAGCCUGCUUUGAUGCUGUCGCUGGUGCCGGACGACGUCGGAAAGGCAACGGUGAAGCUGGGGAAAGCGGCGGUUCAGGACGGCACCUGCAUUUGGGAGAAUCCAGUUUUUGAGUCAGUGAAGCUCGUUGAGGAAGUAAAAACAGGAAAACUGAAAGAGAAGAUUUAUCACUUCAUUGUUUCAAAUGGAUCUUCGAAAUCAGGUUAUCUCGGAGAAGCUUCAAUUGAUUUUGCAGAUAUUGUGGCGGAAACUGAACCGUUAAGCAUCACACUGCCCCUUAAGUUUGCAAACUCUGGUGUGGUUUUACAUGUGACAAUUGACAGGAUUCGGGAAGAUGGUGAUCAAAGGGAAAUCGAAGAGAGUGACGAUCCAAGUCGUUCGCACCAUAGCAGCGUAGAUGGAAGCAACCACCAAAGUUUCAACGAAACGAAUAAAGGAUAUGCCCAUCGUGACGCUGGCAGUUCCCUGUCACCCCCUGAAGUACCAACUUCUAUGCCUCAAAAUGGACAUGCGGGUGCCAACGGAAGGAAAACCCACGUGCGUCAAAAAUCAAGCUUGGAUUGGUCUUCAGAUGAAAGCUUAUUUGACUCGCCAGACAUUGUUGAAGACAAGCUUCCGACAGGAGUGCAAGCCGUUUCAGAUGUUGAUAAACUCAGAAAUGAAAUGACUGCUCUGAAGAGGCAGGCAGACCUAUCGGAACUGGAAUUGCAGUCUCUUCGGAAACAGAUGGCCAAAGAGAGCAAUCAAGGACAGAAUCUGUCUAGACAGAUUGUUUGCCUUAAAGAGGAGAGAGAUGCGCUCAAAAUGGAAUGUGAACAACUUAAGUCCUCGCAGGGACGUGGUAAUGGCAAACGGACUUUCAAAACGUUGCAGCCCGAGACUGAGGAUACAAGAGCGCAGUUAGAAGCAAUGAAGCAAGAGCUUAGUUCUGAAAAGAAAGCAAGAACCAAUCUUCGCUUGCUGCUCGCGCAGACACAAGACUCAAAUUCUGAGUUAGUCCUUGUCGUGAAGGAUCUCGAAGAUGCAUUGGGAAAGAAAAAUAGAGAGAUAUCUGAUCUUUCAAGCAAGUUAGAAGCUGAAAAAAUAUCCAAAGUGAUGGGAACAUAUUCCGCAGGAAGAAAAAAAGAGGUUGAUCAGGAAAUAGAAUCAUUGAAGCUUGACAUCAGAGAACUUCUCAGUGAAAUAGAUACCCACCAGAAGAAGAGGGAAGAGCAAGAUAUGCGUAUAAAACAGCUCAGCUUGGACUAUGACCUUUUAAAGCAGGAAAAAUAUGACAUCUCUAUGAAGUUAGAUCGAAACCAAGAACGAAUACGAACAGAGAUGGAAAAUGAGCGAGCGGGUUAUAUGGCUACUAUAAAAGAGCUUGAAUCUCAGUUAGAGAGAUCAGAAGAAACAAUUGAGAAGCAAGCACAUGAAUUCUCAGAAUGUUUGAUGUCCAUUCAGGAACUUGAAAGUGAACUUAAGUCUUUGGAGAUGGAUCGUGAGAUGCAGGCCAAGGGAUUUGAAGAUAAACUCGAGGAAGUGAUGAAUGCCAAAGUUGAGCAGGAAUACAGGGCCAUCCAAGCCGAGGAAGCAUUGAAGAAGACAAGGUCCAAUAAUUCUGAUACGGUUGAGCGCCUUCAAGAGGAAUUUAGAAAGCUUUCUGUGGAAAUGACGUCUAAGGUUGAUGAAACUGAGAAGCAGGUCACAAAAGUGAUGACAGAGGCUAAUGAACUGCGCCGGCAGAACAGAAUUCUGGAAGAGAUGCUCCAGAAAGCCAAUGAAGAGUUAGAGCUGAUUAAGGGUGAGACUGAAGUAAAAUUGCAAGAUCUUGUCAACCAGAUUGAGGUGAAAGCAAAACGUAUAGAACAGAUGUCUUCGGAACUAGACAAUACAUCAAAGCAACUUGAAAAAGUAAAGAGGCGUGAGGAAGAAGAGCAUGAAGCUCUCUCAAUGAAAAUCCAAAUGCUCGAAGCUGAGAUAGAAAGGCUCACAGACGAGAAUUCUAACUCCAGACAGGAGAAAGAUAAAUUGAGAGGAGAUUUGGAACAAAUGAAGAAAUUAAUUGCAGAAAAUGAGAUGCUGAUCCAGUGUCUGAGUGUUGAAAAGGAAAAUUUGGAGAAAAGAUUUGUUUCAGCAAAGCGGGAUACAGAGAAAACGCUUGAAGAACUUACUGACAUUAGAUCUUUGAAAGAUGUGAAGGAAACAACAAUUGCUUCUCUGAACUCCGAAGUGGAAAACCUGAAGACCCAGCACAGCAAGUUGUUGGAUACGUUGAAAAAAGAAGCGUUGGCAAAAGAAAGCUUGAAGAAACAAAUAUCUCAAUUACAAGCUGAGGUACAAAAGAAAGUCAGCAACUCAAAGAAAACGGUUAAGAAUACCAACGGACAAAGGAAAGUAGAAGAUUGCUCGGAGAAACAGUUGAAAGCCACCAUUGAUGAGAAUAAGUGUACGGAUUUGAUGACCGAAUUGACAUUGCUGAAAGAAAGAAACAAAUCUAUGGAAGACGAACUGAAGGAAAUGGAAGAAAGAUAUUCUGAGAUAAGUCUCAGAUUCGCAGAGGUUGAAGGUGAAAGGCAACAACUUGUAAUGACCGUGCGUAACCUCAAAAACAGCAAGAAGAACUAGCUUCCUAUGAGGUUUUGAUAACAGGGCUUGGAAAAGGGAAUGGGAAUCUCAUUCAGCAAGAGGCUGGGUUUUCGGUCUUUCUGCAGAAUGUCCAAAGGUUAAGAAAUAGGGUGUGCAGCAAUAGACAUUAGGUUUUCAUAAAUCUGUUGUUCAUCGUUCUCCAAUUCGAAUCACUACAGAAUCACCAAACUUUGGAACUCGAAAGAUGAAGAUCCAGGAUUCAUAUGAGUUGAAAUUUCAUGAAUAUUGUACCAUUUUCAUUAUGGUUAACACAGUAUUUCUGUCA